AUGGUGAGUCUGAAAGGAGAAAAGGCGGGGCAUGCAUGCAGAGAGGAGGAGGAAAUUGAGAGUUCUUGCUUUGACGCCGAUCGGCCUUGCGGGACGUCAUCUGCGUUUGCGCAUGUGAUUGGCCUGAGACUCGACAACACUGUGACUGACGUUGCAUAUAUGCUCUGUCCCUUUGACAUGCGCGCUAUCCCGUCGCUGCGAUCCAUGCACGUCUGCCGCGCUGUAGUCGGAGCAUCCAGGUGAGUGCUCUCGGCAGCUAAGCAGGCACGCUCACGGCAUGCCUCCUCAAUAAGCCAACGCUUCAUUGUCCGUCGCUUCAGAGAGUGCAUAACUGGAUUGACGCUUGCACCAUCAUUUCCUCAAUUUCUCUCCUGGCGCAGCUUACACCAUGGCAGCCCUCUGCGGUAUCGGAGGCCUGAUCGGGUUUGCAAAGACUAGAUCUGUUCCCUCCAUCGUUGCUGGACUGGGUGUCGGUGCGCUCUACGCUGUGGGUGGUUAUCGGAUCAAGAGCGGUGGAGGUGAGUCCACAUCGAGGCGGGUUGUGUGUGUAUGGUGGGCAUUGGCUGUAUCAGAAAGCUUUCGCACGAGACUGAAUGUUGGCGUGACGAGUCACCUUCGCCACAGCAUUCGGUAAGAUGGAUUGCAUGACUGACCUUGAUCCGUUUGCGCUCCGCCUCGCCUCCUCCUCCUCCUCCUCCUCCCUCCUCCUCCUCCUCUCUCUCUCUCUCGUUCUUCGCUCUUGCCAUCUCCAACAGACUACGGCUACGAAAUCUGCGCAGGCGCAUCUGCUCUUUUGCUCGGAUCUUCCCUGCCUAGAGCUCGUAAAGGUCCCGUACCUGCCGGUCUGAGCGUAGCGAGCACAGUCGCUGGAGCCUACUACGCCAAACAGGUGAGUCUGGUGGAGACGGGCUGGUAGGACAGCUACUGGGCUGCCUCUCAAGUGGCUAAGAGGGGACCAACGAGAGGUGACAGAUAUCGCGCUUGAGGGCAUGUCGGAGUCUAUGGAGGCCGCCAGCUGAACAUCACAUCCCUCACCUCGCCCUCCUCAUUUUACAGGUGUACGACUUCCGCAUUCGCUGA